CUAUACAUAUAUAUAUAAAGAUAGGGAGGGAUUGUAUUGUAAGUGCAUUCAUCCAAUUAACCGACUAAUCGUAACAAAAUGAAUGGUGAGUAUAUAGAAGCCAUGGAAGCAGGGAGGGGUCGUCCCCCUCAUUUACAAUUGCAGUAUAUGCGCGUAGUGAAGUGUCUCGCCUAUUGUAUGUCAUUCACUGGCUUCUUCAUGUUAGCAUUCUUGUGUGUGGCGUUCUUAAAGGAACACUGGAUUACGUGCGCAAUAUUCGGUGUUUGGAAUAUAGCGUACCUUGGUGCGAUAAUAAGAAUCAGGUGGGAAGACAAAGCUCCAGCGCAAGCAUAUCGACUAGGAGCAGAGGGGAGAUUUCGCAUCUUCGUGGCCAUGAUGAUAUAUAUGUUUUGCGUCUUAUAUAGUAAUCAAGACUUGGCCACAACAAGAGGACCGUGGGUCCUUAUUUAUGGUUUUUACCCUAUAGGCCCGAUGGGUCUAAUCGUCUCCGUCUGUUGGCCGAUAGAAGAUGUUACACCAAUCCAUAUCUACUGGACCAUCAUGACAGGAGUCGCUUAUGGUUUUUUGGUUGGAAUAGAACUCUCAUUGUCUGGGUUUUGUCUAAGUCUUGGAUUCUUCCUUAUUCAUUUGUUCAUAGAAAUAUGGGCAAGUGUGAGAGAAAACGAACCAGCAACAGUCCUUCUAGUUAAUACUAAUAAUGAAGUUAUCUAGUAGAAAAAUAAAAUCGAACAGUAUUACUCUCAUGGCCGCAAUUAGCACCGCCAUGCCAACAGACUAAUUAAUUAAAACUGUUAUUUUAUGUGGUAAUCAUACUACUCAAUUUCAGAUU